UGUAGUCUUCAUGUCUCUAUCCGGGUAUGUGUGUACUGCUGUUUUCACUUCGCAGCGAUGGAGCGGCGCUGAACCCGCAGUCCCGGUUAUUGACGGAAGAUGAGUUCUCAGCAGUUUCCUCGAGCACCAUUGCCACCCUCUGGCAUUGCCCAAGGCCUGGCACAGGCUGGCAGCAGUAACCUUCUGCCAGGAAUUCAACCAGGUGGUGAAGAUGGCAGCAGAGAGGCGGAUCACCCUCAGGACCCCCUGCCCGCUGGCAGUGCCGGCGGUGGAGCUUUACCAUUCCGUGAUGAUAAGCAGGAGGCGGUAGUUGUCAGGCCCUAUCCUCAAGUCCAGACUCUGAGCCAACCGCAAGCCUUGCCCCAGCAUGUGCCUAUCCAGCCAAGCCCCAUGGUGACUGUGGCAGCUCCGCCAGCCCACCUGGCACAGGCCCAACAGCCUGCCUUCAAUGAGGGGACAGUGAAGGCUGGCCUAAAGCCCCCGAUGCCCAGUCGGCUAAUUGCCCCAGCUCCCGCUGUCAGUCAGGGGCACAUUGCUGGACCAGCUAAGGUUCCUGGACACAUCACUGUUACCCUAGAGAGCAGCAUGGCUCCAGCGUCCAUCCCUGUCGCUACCAUCAGUGGUCAGCAGGGACAGGGUAACUUACACCAUCUCAUUCCGACCAAUGUGCAGAUCAUCAGGAGCAGCACCCCUGCACUUCAGAUCGGAUCUCCCGCUGCUCCCCCUCAUCCCUUCACCUCCCACCUACCCCGAGGCGCAGCUGCUGCAGCUGUUAUGUCCAGUACUAAAGGCCCCACUGUUUUGAGACCUGCAUGCGGGGCAAACGCAGGCCCAGGGCAGCCUGCAGCCAUGCAGCACAUCAUUCACCAGUCCAUUCAGUCUCGACCCACAGCCACCACCUCCACUGCUGUCCUGCCCACAGUGGUUGCCCCAAUUUCAGCAGCUCGUACCCAGUCCCCCGUCAUCAACCCGCCGGUUACCCACGCUGCAGAGAUUGUGCACGGGCGCCCUGGCCUCGCUCUUCAUCCUCCCCCCACCACCAUCAGUAUCCAGCGCCCCCCGACUCCCAGAGACACAGCCACCCGCAUCACGCUGCCCUCACACCCUGCCAUGGGAGCCCAGAAAGCCCAGCCUCCACACACUAUGACUCAGAAGCCAAUUUUCAGCACUGUGACUCCUGUUGCUGCUGCAACUGUUGCCCCCAUCCUCGCUACCAAUACUGUAUCAUCUACUACUACAACAGGUCCUGCCCCGCAUACCCAGAUGACUAGCAGUACCAUAGUUACCAUGACCAUGGCAUCCCACUCCUCUCAUGCCACAGCUGUAACAAGUUCUGCCAUUCCUGUUGCUAAGGUGGUUCCACAACCGAUUGCCCACACUUCCCCUCGGAUCCAGCAGGAGUAUUCAGGAGAGAGGGCUAAUCUGAUCCCUAUCUCUGGCCACCGCUCUUCCCCAAACCCCGUCACCAUGGAGGGCCGCAGUGAUAACAGGCCAUCUGUGCCAGUCCAGUUCCAGUACUUUUUGCCAACGUACCCCUCGUCUGCCUAUCCGCUGACACACACCUACACCCCCAUUACCAGCUCAGUGUCCACCAUUCGCCCGUACCCAGCACAAACGCCAAGCUCCGCCCUUCCUGCACAGGCUGGAGUGGGUGUGGCCACCACUGUUCAUUUGAACCCCAUGCAGUUGAUGGCUGUGGAUCGCAUCGGCCUGCAGUCCGCCCAGAUCAGCACCCAGAAUAUCCAACCAGCUUCUAUGACUGCCCAGGGCAUUCAGCCUGCACCAAUUGGAGUGCAGGGUCUGCACGCCACUGCUCCAAUCAGCACGCAAGGGAUCCAGCAGGCAACGGUCUCCGCCCAGCAACCGCAGCCAGACGCCAAACCUUCUGGUGUAGUUUUGGCAGAUACCACAGCGUUUGUGACCAACCCCAUCGGCAGCACCUUCAGUGCUACUCAACCAGUCACCACUGUUGUUCAGACACACCCACAGGGGGUGGGAACUGGGGCACCAACGCUGGUCUCCUCCCCCAGACCCAGCAUCCUCCGAAAGAAACCUGUCAAUGAGGGGGCUGUGCGCAAAAGCCUGAUCCCAGCGCAGCCGAGUGAGCCUAACUCUGGCAGAGUGGAUAGUGGCGUAAGGCUGGCAGGAUCCCCACGACCAGCAGGUGUGAAGCCCAAACCGGACGUUCACGUUGCGAUGACACCCCCUGUGAUGGCUGCUGUGGAGGCACUGCCAGCACAUGGAGGAGAGCUGCAGGCACUGCCAGCUCCUGCUCAGCACCUAUCACAGGCCAUACCCACCCUUCUGGCACCGCCCAUACCCGCACCAUCCUCUCAGCCAGCUGCGGUUCUGUCUGCCUUGCCCGCAGCCAUGGCCGUCACGCCGCCUGUGCCCGCCUCCAUGGCCAAUGCAGUGGCUUCGCCUACUCAGCCGGCUGCCAGCAGCACUGCUGCACUAAGCUCCGCCCUCUCAGAGGUCAAGGUGAAGCAGGAGGCGGAGUCUAUGGACGUGUCACUUCCAGCUCACUCCAUCCCCUUGUCCAUGGCCCCAGGUUCUGGGUUCCCCUCCCAGGCCUCGAGCCUGGCCGUGCCCCCCCAGCCUGGGGAUCUGCUGCCUGGAGCGUCUCCACGGAAGAAACCCCGCAAGCAGCAGCACGUUAUCUCGACUGAGGAGAGCGAGAUGAUGGAAACUAACAGCACAGACGAGGAGCGGACGAGCAGCAGACCACCAACCAGCAAGGCCGAGAGACACGAGUCCCCACCUAGAGAAUACGUGGAUGAAGAAGGUGUGCGAUAUGUGCCAGUUCGCCCAAGACCCCCCAUCACCCUCCUGCGCCACUACCGGAAUCCCUGGAAAGCUGCUUACCAUCACUUUCAGAGAUACAGUGACAUCAAAGUUAAAGAGGAUAAGAAGAAUUCUCUGCAGGAUGUGGCCAAUCAGAGGGGAGUAGCAUGUCGUGCUCAGGGCUGGAAGGUGCAUUUGUGCGCUGCCCAGCUCAUGCAGUUGACCAAUCUGGAGCAUGAUGUAUACAGCCGCCUCACCACCCUGCAAGAGGGGCUCAUCCCAAAGAAACGAGCUGGCGCUGACGACGACCUGCACCGCAUUAAUGAGCUCAUACAGGGUAACAUGCAGCGCUGUAAGCUGGUGAUGGAUCAGGUGACGGAGGCGAGGGACACCAUGAUGAAAGUGCUGGACCAUAAAGAGAGAGUCCUCAAACUUCUCAACAAGAAUGGCACUGCCAAGAAGAGCACCAAGUUAAAGCGCAAAGAGCGGGCAUAGAUCUCACCACAGCUCACCCUACCACUAGAUCUCUCUAUUCAAACACACACACACCCUCUCUCUCUCUCUCUCUCUCUCUCUACCACUUACUCUUUCCUCCAUCACACACACUCUUCUCACUUUCUUUUAAUCUCUUCCUUUCUCUUUUUCUUCCUCUCUCCUCUCUCUGUUUUUUGAACCAGUAUAAGGUCAAGCGGAAACAUUAGGUCCAGUAUUUGGACCGGUCAUGUUUGUGGUCUACCCCCUCAUUUACAUUUUUUGUUCAGAGAAGCUAGGUCUCUAAACUGUUGCAUCUUGCAGACCACAGCUCACAGGAACUGCUGCUUACUAUAGACAGCCAACAGAGAGAUUUAACAUCCCUGUUAUAAGAUGACUUGUGCAACCAACACCACCAUCACCACCACCACAGUAAUUUCUGAAGUAUGUCUUUAGAUCAUGUUUAUCGUCACUGUAGUUCUGUAGCAUUUACCAUAGUGAGCUUCAGAAGAUCACAUACACUCAAAUCUGUGAUGAUUUGCUGCCUUUUCAUCAUGUUGAUCUAAGAUAAUCUAAUGCUGCAUUUCAUUUGGUUGAAUUCACCAUAAAACACUGGUAAAGGAUUGACUGAUUGAUUGUCAAACCAAUUGUGGUCAAUUCCAAGGUCUUUGGAUACGUUUUUUUGUAAUAGUUUUAAAACUAUAUAUUGUUUUUUAGUAUGUUUAGCUGGACUGUCAUCCACUCAUAUGUGACAUCAUCCCCAGCUUUGACUUACAGGCAGAAUGGAAUGCAGCAUUAAAGCACAUAUUUAUAUCCCCAUGUUAAAUUUUGCUGAGCCAGCUGAAGAAAUGUAUAUAAGAAUGAUACAGGUAUGAAUCUUGGUAUUCAGCACACACCACAUCACCAACUCCAGCAGUGUGUACACUGUCCAAGUUUCAGUGCCUUUUAUCAUGUGGUAUUCAAAAUAAUAUAUAAAAUAAUUCAAAAUUAUAAAAACCUGGUCACUUCAUUCGUAUUGAGUAUCAGGAUUAUAUCUGAACUCAAACCAAUUUUAAAUACAAGUGUAAACACACUCAAGAUGCACUUCAGGAGGUGGUCUGAGAUGCAUUUAAAACUGAUAUAAAUCCUAUCACUCAAAACCAUUUCAGGAGGUGGUCUGAGACACAUUUAAACCAGAUACAAAUCAGAUUUAUCGAAGCAUUCAGUAAAAAUAUGCAGUACUGAUUUGAUGCACGCAUCCUUUUGUUAUUUUCCCUUUUUAUUCCCUUUACUUUUAAUAAUCAGACUUGCUGAAGUGGUGAAGUUGGCGGUGUUACAUAAAGAGGACAGUUAUGUACUAGAAAGAGAACAAUAGAAUUGUGUAAUAAGAAUGUGAAGAUUGUUUUACAUUUCAGAAUAUGAUUGUUGUGUAAAUGCGACUGAUUCGCUGUUUUUUGGUUUGUGUUUGUGUGCCCUAUUGAUGUGGCUCUUCUUUUACAGAUUGUACGUGAAUGCUGCGGUUAACUGGGUUUGAGGAAUAAUGUUGAAUCUUUUGUACAUUUUUAUUUUCCUUUUUCGUUUUCAGUAUACUAUUCUGUGCUGUUGCAGUAAAAGGAAACUGUAUGUA